GCGCUGAAAACAGCAGCAAUGGAAGGAACAAAUCACUCCGUUGUAUCAGAGUUUAUAUUCGUGGGAAUCACCAACUCCUGGAAGAUGCAAGUACUUCUUUUUGUGUUUGCUUCAGUGUUUUAUAUGGCUAGCAUGAUGGGAAACUCCCUCAUCAUUUUCACAGUGGCUUCUGACCCUCACUUACAUUCUCCCAUGUACUUUCUGUUGGCCAAUCUCUCCUUCAUUGAUUUAGGUGUUUCAUGUGUCACUUGUCCCAAGAUGAUUUAUGACCUGUUCAGAAAGCACAAAGUCAUCUCUUUUAGGGGUUGCAUCACUCAAAUCUUUUUCAUCCAUGUCAUCGGUGGUGUGGAGGUAGUGCUGCUCAUAGGCAUGGCAUAUGAUCGCUAUGUAGCCAUAUGUAAGCCUCUCCAUUAUCUGACCAUUAUGAAUGCAAAAAUGUGCAUUUUCAUCUUAGUGGCUGCCUGGGUGGUUGGUCUUAUGCAUUCCCUGGUUCAAUUUGUUUAUAUAGUAAAUUUACCAUUCUGUGGACCAAAUAUUUUGGAUAGCUUUUACUGUGACUUUCCUCGGUUCAUCAGACUUGCUUGUGUAGAUACCAACCAAAUACAAUUAAUGGUUUCAGCCAACAGUGGCUUCAUCUCUGUAGGCUCCUUCUUUAUACUGGUCAUAUCUUAUGUUGUCAUAAUAGUGACUGUUCAAAAACAUUCCUCAAGUGGUUCCUCCAAAGCUUUGUCCACACUUUCUGCUCACAUUUCUGUUGUGGUUGUGUUCUUUGGUCCUUUGAUAUUUAUAUAUACAUGGCCUUCCCACUCCACACACCUGGAUAAGUAUCUUGCUAUAUUUGAUGCAGUUGGUACUCCUUUUCUGAACCCUAUGAUCUACACAUUGAGAAAUCAAGAUAUGAAGACAUCUAUGAAAAGAGUGUGCAGACAGCUAUUAAAAUAUUGGAAGAUCUCCUAA